GUAUGCUGAUGAUGGGAUCAGUCUGACUCCCUCGUGAUCGUACACAUGUAGUACUGUGUGUCAGACGUCUUACGUUCAGUCGCUCCUUGAUGAUGCAGAAUAAGGCUUAUCUGUGAUGGAGCACGCGAUUUGGCGCUUACAAGUGUCAAAUUCUAUGGAUAUAAACCUACUCGACCUCCGAGAUUCAUCAAGAGCAAGUCAUGUCCGAUAUUACCACCGAACAGGCACAGAAGGCGUUGGAUGAUGCCCUAACAAGUUCUAAAUCGACGUCGGCUAGAAUGCUCACCAAUGUGGACCGGGCAGGGGACUUGGUCGUCAAGACCACUCAAGAAGUUGAAUCAGCGCGCACAUUAUACAAUAAAAAUGCUACAGUCAUUCAGCAGUCCGCAGCCGACCAGAUGGUUACGGACCUGAUAAAGAAGAAUAUGGGCGGCUUUUUUGGAGAGGCAAAGAAGGUGAUGAACGCCCUGGAUACUCUGCAACAGAUCCAUCCCUUUGUUAGUGUGGCUAUAAUCGCUUUCAAGGCUGUCGUGGAUUUUGAAAUAAGACGAAGAGAGAACGAUCGCACAGUUUGUUUGACGCUUGCAAAGGCAUUUGAUAUGAUGAAUAUGCUUCUUCAACUUAAGGACACUAGAGACCCUGACAUUGUGGGACCUCGCGGCACUAUUCGGGGCCGACUGGAUGGUGUCUUGGAUAAGAUCAAGACAAAAGUCGAGCAUUGCGGAAAUACCAUCGACAAAUACUACAAGUCGAAAUUCAUCGUGAAAUUCUUUAGAUCAUCCCAUUGGGCAAGUGAGUUCCUCAGGAUUAGCGGGGACUUUUCCCAGUGUAUGCAGGAACUUCGGGACGCCUUGACCAUCAGGACGGCGUUGGGAGUCGACACUGCGAUCAAAAAACUGGAAGAACUCACCCAGAUGCUAAGUGAACGCGAAGCGAAGAUCACGAAAGGAGAGAAAUUUCGCGGUAAAAUGGACCAAUACUUUGAAAGUGAACGCGAAAAGAGAUUUGCGAAAGAAGUGAUCAUGCGCGGUGGAAUGGAUCCACGUUUCGAAAGCGAAGACAAAUUAGCAGAGCUAGUGAAAUUCGCCCAGCAACAAGAAGCACCUCCACAUAAUCAAGCGCACUCUGAUACACCAUCCAAAGAUGUCAACAAACCUCCUUCACAAACCCCAUCAGCGAAGAAAUCGGUCGCGGAGCAGUACCGCCUUGAUGCCUCAAUGCUUCAUGAAUUGCGCACUCCUUUAGUCAGCUUACUCGAAGAGAAUCGCGCACUCUUCAUGUUCAAGCUUGAUAAACAGACAGCCGACAUCAAAGAUGCCAUCAAGGAUUCUGAAAUGCGCAUUCUGUCGGCCCUCGGCGGCAAAUUUAGCCGGGUCAAGGAUCCACACCUCCAAUUUAUCUGGAAAGAGAUGAAAUGGUCAACAAGUGUCAAGACACUAUACUUCAUCGCAGAACUCCACGAUUAUUUCACGCACCGUUUCUCCCAGCUGCAUCGUGAAGCUCCACGCCCACAAGUGACAUCAAGUGUACAUCGUGCUGAAUCUCCUCCAAUCGACACUGCAGACGAGUGGUGCUUGAAAUACCUGUCAGUUUUCUACACUUCAAGUUUAUCCGAGAUCUUCGACGACGACGCAAAUGGCUUAGUCAGCGUAAGGGAAGUUAAUGCCUUUACUUCCGCGAUACUUCCGGGCUUGAGUCUACUUCAAGCACUUGCAUACUGGGCUGCAGGUUGGAGAGUGGAUAGCCAAUAUUACCAUGCACGAAUUGAACAAGUCUUGAACAGCAUGGUUCAUGCGCAAGCAGAUGUACUUCCAGUAAACAGGAGGUGUAUCGCCUUGUACUUGGAUUCAGAUGUUAUCCAUGACAUCAAACGGCUCACGCGUUCUCUUGCAGAGCUUAGGCCGGAAGACUCGGAUGUAGAUCUCACGCAAUUGGCUGAUGGAUGUCGCAACGUUCAGGAGAAGGACUUGGCGAAAAGACUUGACACUGUAAAGUAUGAAAUCGACUCCAAAGAGUCCUUCAAACUUUUCGGAUCCGGUCGCAUCGAAGAUUUCUUGCUGCCAGUACUUUACCUCGUUAUGAGGAGGCAUUUACAAAUCAUGAAACUCGCCAGGACAGUAAUUCUGGUGGAUAGAGAGCUUGAAUGCGAAACUCAAACCAUAGCCAAUAUAUUGGAAGCGGUGGAUCUGCGUGUUGAACAACUGGCAGGUAUGCUCCCAGACUCGCGAUUGUGAUGCGCUUUUCCUUCUACUACAGCAGAAUCGUUUCGCCAUCAGGGAACUGAUCCAAAAGCGAGGUUUACGUGGUAUGCACAGGGCUUGUACAACUUUUGGUACAGCCCAGAACUAACCGCAGACGACGCUGAAUAUUGUGAAACCCAUAAUUUUGGGCUU